AUGAUACAAACCUCGCCAACCCCUUCGCUGCCGAUCGAGUUAGUUAUUAUGAUUCUUCAGCAAUCCUACUUCAAGAACCAGAAAUCUCGGGCCCCGGAUUAUAUCACCUUAGCUGCAGCUGCAUUGGUUCAUCGAUCGUGGACAUCUGCGGCGCAAGCGCUGUUGUUCAGACAUAUCACCUACCUGAAGAGUAAAUCUUUCAUGAAAGCUCACGCAGAUCCGGUGUCCAUGCAGCAUCUCUUUCAGCAUGUCCGAAUCCUGGAUAUUGGACUCGGGAUACCGACGGAGUCGGAAACAACGCCCGACUGCGACAUAGAUCAUCUCCCUGCAUUGCUUCGUCGAUGCACAGGCCUCUACGAACUAGUGCUGAGCAUUCGAUCCUCCCUCUCUUUCGAAGGAGUCACAUUUAGUAGGAUGAAGGAGCUCGCAGACAGUCGUAUCAUCCGCCUACGUGCACUCAACAUAACUUGUAGCCCUCACUCUCCCAUCGUCUAUCAGCUACUCUCUUUAUUCCCUACUGUCAGCUUCCUGUCCGUAUGGUCCGAGCUAUCCGGAAUGGUUCCAAGGAACAUCAAGGCUCGAUUCUCCCUUUCCGAACUCAAGAUGGCCAGAGCUAUGCCAGAGGAUACCUUGGCCUGGUUAUUAGAAAAGUCGCGGGACACACUCACCGUCUUGGAUUUGCGAGAUCCUCCGAGCAGGCCUGCGUUAACAAUCCUAGAAUCCUACGCCCCCAACAUCCGCUCGCUGCGGCUCAUGAUCCAGACAUCGCGAAUGGCAAAUUUCGUUCGCUCAUGCGAGUCUCUGAUAGAUCUAACCGUCUUGAACUUGCCGAUGACAGUCGAGUUUUCCAAACCCCCUCCUUUCCUCCGCUCUUUGACCUUCGUCAACCACGCUGGUUCGAGGAGUCUCAUGAAACGAGUCAUUGCAAUGGUCCUCAAUCUCCCUAAUCUAAAGCACCUCACAUGUGACGAAGCUAGUUCACCGAUGGAUCGAAACUUCCCCGAGCUCAAGGUAGUUUGUGAAGAACGCGGGGUCAUGCUCCAUGUAACAAACAUUUUCUACGAGAUGACGGUCGAAGAGCCUAUCUUAGUUCACAGAUUCCCCCGCCGUAGAUCUCUAUCGAAUUUUUCUGAGAUGAACAGUGGGACCGUGUAA